AUGGCGUCAACCAGAGAUCGUCCAACUCAUUUCUGCAAUUAUCAGAAUGCACAAGGCCAAACCAGCUUGAGCUCCGUGGUCUGUGUCGCGGAUCUUGACCCGGCUAUCAGCAUCCCGGGGGCGCCUCGUGAACUCAAACCUGAAGAAACCCAGGGCAUGGUUUCUUGCGGCGUUGUUAUUGCUCGCCAGACCCCGUUAUUGGCUGACAUGAGUGCCCUUAUGCUCAAGGGCGCCCUUGCACUCCCAGAAAGUCGUAAGGCCGAGUUGUGCAGUACCCUCAAAAGUUUACUCCAACGACUGCACCACGAUCCAGAAACGCCAGAUCGAUACAGAUCGGAGAUAGAGGCAUUUGUUCAGUUUGAGACGAUUAUCGACACUCUUGUUCAUCACGAACUUGCGACUGCACCAGCAGCAUUUGCAUCUAGUGCAGUCGCAGCCCCAGUCGGAGCCCCAGUUGUAGCGAACAAGAAACUGAACACAGAUGUGAACCCCCAGGGUAAAGUGUAUUGUUCAUACUGGCUUCGUCACGGAGAAUGUGAUUACCAGCAGCAAGGCUGCUUGUACAAACAUGAGAUGCCGCUAGAGCUCAAAACCAUCCAAAGCCUCGGCCUUGCCGAUAUCCCCCGCUGGUACCGGGAGAAAAACCACAUUUCUAGCCUUAUACAAGGCAAAAGUCACCGACAAAAUCCAUCUCAUGUAUCUCCCGCCCUGGCCAUCAUCGGGCAACCCUUUGCCGCCGAGACAGUUGCCGGUUCCAACCAGCUAAUGCCUAUCGGCGCUAAUAGCCAUGACCACACUCCAAAUGGCCGGCAAAGGCUCACCCGGGGACCCGGCUAUCCCAACACCAGCCGGGGCCGUGGCAAUGGCCGGUGUAGGGCCUUCCAGCAUCAAACCCGAGAUGUAUCGUGCACAGCCAGUAAUUUUUCCAACUCUAGCGCAGCAGAGUCUUUCACUAAGACUCAGAAAGUGCGCAAGGUUGAGACAGUCAAUUCUUUGGCGGCUACUGGUGGGCACUCCGUACCCAAUCCAGAAGCACCGCCUUUCCUCGCCCCAAAGGUGGCCCCGGCUGUUAUAAAGCCCCCAUCCUGCAUGCCUUUGCCUCGGGCCAUGGUGCAAACAACUUUUGCACAUCAAAAUCGUUUCAAUGUGCUAGAGGAUGGCCAGAAAGAUGCACGCCUGUACAACAGUUGGGGGGAUGGUGUUGCGAGUGAUAAGGGAAACCGUGCUGCUAACCAGGGCUCCCUUAUUGACCUGGUAGAUUCCAGCAGCAAUCAGAGACUGGAUGAGAAAAAGCACGUCGGAGUGCUGGCAGACAUGCAUACUGCUAUGCAAGAACUUCGAGUUGGAUCAACCAUUAUUCAACCACAUGAAUUUCUUCGCAAUUUUGGCGCUAUCGGUGAAGAUGUUGUGUAUCAUCCCACUCAAUACUCUGAUCCUCCCGCACUCUCGGAGGAUGAGGUCAAGAGGUGCUUCUCAAAGGGAACCACUCCAGCCAAACCUUUUGGCGAAUCUGGCGUUCCUGAUGCCGCCAAGAAGUAG